CCGUACGAUUUUUAACGUUACACUCGCCACUUCCGGCGGUUGUUUGGCUGUCCGUUUGAAAUGACUUCGCCGGCUAUAUAAAGCUCACUUUAAAUGCUUAAAUGGCAGGUUUAUUAAAUGUGGACGCACGCUGUGGAUCAAGAGGUGUCCUAUAGAGUGUCCCACGGGAUCAACUUCACUCUCCUGCCACCGUACUAUGUUCAAAAAGAUGACUGAAUUUGGUCCAGAUUCCGGGGGGAGAGUAAAGGGGGUAACCAUUGUGAAGCCGAUCGUGUUUGGGAACGUUGCCCGCUACUUUGGGAAAAAGAGAGAAGAAGACGGACACACACAUCAGUGGUCCGUCUAUGUGAAGCCUUACAGGAACGAGGAUAUGUCCGCUUAUGUGAAGAAGAUCCAAUUCAAGCUACAUGAGAGCUAUGGAAACCCACUGAGAGUGGUGACAAAGCCUCCAUACGAGAUCACAGAAACAGGCUGGGGAGAGUUUGAGAUCAUCAUCAAGAUCUUCUUCAUCGACCCCAACGAGAGACCUGUGACUCUAUACCAUCUGUUGAAGCUGUUCCAGUCAGACUCCAGUGCCAUCCCUAAGAAGACGGUUGUCUCCGAGUUCUACGAUGAAAUGAUCUUCCAGGACCCCACAGCCAUGAUGCAGCAGCUGCUGACCACAUCAAGACAACUCACCCUGGGAGCAUACAAGCAUGAGACAGAGUUCAGCGAGCUGGAGCAGAGGACCAAGGAGAAAAUGGAAGCAGCGAAAAGGAGAACCAGCCAGGAGAUCACAGAGCUGAAAGACAAACUGAAAGCCAGCAGAGAAAACAUCAACCACCUGAAGGCAGAGAUCAGGAAGCUGGAGGAGGACGGAGACCACAAGGAGCACUGAGAAAUGGACAAACACACACAACGCGGACGUGAUUUAGUGUUCAUGACUCAUUAAAAAAACAAGACAUUGUUGUGACUUAUUUUUAUUACACUUUUUUUUUUUUUUUUAGAUUUGUUUUCUGUUACUGUUAAACAUAAACACUCAAUAAUACGUCACCUAGAGAAGACUUAAGAAUGAUUUUCAAAAAUGGAAGAAAAUUUAAUUGAGAACUUCAGGAUUUUUUCAUUGGUUCUCAAAACAUGUUAUUUGUUUUUCUACACACAUUGAAAGAUCUGCUUGUUGUGAGGGAUAAAGACGCAUAAAACUUUUCUAGGCUUGUCUAUUCAUCUUGAUGUAGAGUCAGUGAAGCAUCCUCAUAGUGUUCAUGCCUACUUGAUGAUAUAUUAUCUACAUUUGUGAGAAUAGUUUUGAUAGUGAAUAUCUGCUUUCUUGUUUUUUCUUUUUCUUUUUCAACUGAUUUCAUGGGUUUCUAUAUAAAGUAAAUGUGCUGAGAAUCA